AUGGAAGCGAGAAAAAAGAAACGUCUGGAGCUUCAGAAGAAGUUUGCGAAGGAUCGAAAAGAGAGAAGACGGGAAAAGGAACAGAGAAAGUUGGAAGAAGGAAGAGGUCGGAAGUUUAUGGAAAGAGAAAGAAAAAAGAAAGAACAAGAAGCGAAAGAAUCAAAAAAGAAAUUGAACAAAAAUGAUGUUUGGAAACAAAAAUGGGAUGAACAAGAGGAGGUUUUCAAGAAGUGGAAAACGGAACAGGGGGAUGAUCUGAAAGAAAAAGAAGAAGCGAAUGAGCAAGAGAUGGAAAAUGAUGGGGGAAAUGAGGCUUGA